GUAAUGGUUUACCUGGAGGCUGGAGCGCGGAUGACGUCUCACGGACAAAUAGACGCUAAGCACGCGCGUGCUGUCCUUGUACUCUGUACUUGUAGUUUCCCCGAAGAGCAGUUCUAGUGGUGGAGUAAUGGGCUGGAUGUGUUAGGCAGUCAGUUUGAGCCAUUGCCUGCUGGCGAGCAAUGGGAGAACUGGAAGGAACAUAUCGUAUUCUGCAGUCCCCUGGUUCCCGCCUUGGUGCCCAGAAGAACACCGGAGUCAGUACACUGGAGCCCGAACAAAAAUCGUCUGCCAUGACGACAUCUAAACAAAAGAAUAAGGGCUUGCAGCUUAAGGUGCUGAUGUUGGAUGAUACAGAAGAGCUGUUUGAUGUUGAGUCAAAAUCAUAUGGUGAGGCACUCUUAAUCCAAGUAUUGAAGCAUUCAAAUCUAAUCGAGAGCGAUUACUUUGGACUGGAGUUUCUGAGCAAUCAGUCAAAUUGGAUCUGGUUGGAACCUACAAAACUCCUCAUGAAGCAAAUACAAAGUAUUUUAGAUACAGAAUUAAUGAUGUCCUUCAAGAAGGAACAAGAAGAACACAUUCAAACAAGUAUUUUGCACACAAUGUAUAAAGAGACACUCCUAAUACGUUGUCGUAUUAUUGUCUUUAGAUACCUGUUUGCACUACAAAUCAAGAGAGACCUGACUGAGUGUAGGCUAACCUGCAGUGAAAACACUGCUACACUCAUCGUUUCCCAUCUUCUUCAGUCUGAGAUUGGUGAUUUUGAUGAAACACUAGAUCAAGAGCAACUGAAAAUGCACAAAUAUUUGCCAAACCAGGAAGCAGUGCAGGAAAAGAUCUUGCAGUUUCACAAGAAACAUUUCGGCCAGACUCCAGCAGAGUCUGAUUUCCAGGUACUUGAAAUUGCACGGAAACUGGACAUGUAUGGAAUCCGAUUUCAUCCUGCUUUUGACAGAGAGGGCACAAAAAUCAAUCUGGCUGUUGCAAACAUGGGUGUGCUGGUGUUUCAGGGUACUACAAAAAUAAAUACAUUCAGCUGGGCUAAGAUUCGAAAGCUAAGCUUUAAGAGAAAACGGUUCCUUAUAAAGCUCUACCCAGAGCCACAGGGUACAUACCAAGACACACUAGAGUUUUUGAUGAGCAGCAGGGAUCAGUGUAAAAUUUUGUGGAAGAGCUGUGUUGAGUACCAUACUUUUUUCAGAACAUAUGACCAACCUAAACCAAAGGCUAAGCCUGUGCUUUUCAGCCGGGGAUCCUCCUUUCGUUACAGUGGUAGAACACAGAAGCAGCUGUCUGAAUACAUUCGAAGCACUGAUGUUAGGAAAUCAUCUUAUCAGAGGUAUGAGCUUUAA